GGAAAGAUGUGAAGCAUGGACACUACUUAGUGAUAAAUUGUUAUGAAGAUUUGAUGAGUGGUGAAAACACUAAACAAUUUGACCACUUGUGUUCCAAUUUUUAUGAGGCUGCGUAUAUUGCUAAUUCUCGCGAAAAGUAUGAAUACUUGGUAAGUUGUAUAAAUAUGGCUAAAGAAAAGUUAAAUGAUGAUUCAAUUUGGGGUUGUAGUAGUAACGUAAAUUUGGUAGUUGAAGAUGUUCGUGUUUCAGACUCAACUACAAAGUUGUUACCACCAUUGCAAGUUCGUAGUAAAGGUCGUCCACCAUCUAAGAGAAAGGAAUCUAGAGUAGAAAAGGUUAUGAAAAAGAAAAGAAAGAAAAAUGUACCUAAAAGAACAGAGAACAUACAACAAGAUCAAAUAGAUGCAAGUCAUGAGCAAGGAGCAAUUUCAUAUAAUGAUGAGUCGAACUACCAGUUUGAUCUUAAUGUACCAGUUUGAAGAGGAAAGAAUGAAAGGAAGGUGGAAUUAGUAUAAAACAAGUUUUAUGAGAAAAGAAUGAUUUUUAGUUUUAGUUAUUUUGCGAUUAACAAUUUGAAAGAACCG